CUACCUUCAUCUUUUCUUUCAUUAACAAAACUUCAAACUUUGCUUUUGUAUCAAUGCAACUUGUCUGAGAUAGCCAUCAUAAGGAAUCUAAAGAAGUUAGAUAUCCUUAGCUUUCAGGGUUCUAGCAUUAAGCAAUUACCAGUAGAGAUAGCAGAAUUGACCGAACUGAGGUUAUUAGAUUUGAGUGAAUGUUCCAGUCUUAAAGUGAUCCCAGCAAACGUCAUAUCAAAAUUGUCUAGAUUAGAAGAGCUAUAUGUUGGCAAGAGCUUCGGUCAAUGGAAUGUUAAAGGAAAUGCACAACUUGCAGAGUUGAAGAACUUGUCCUGUUUGUUUGCCCUACAUUUAUAUAUUCCUGAUGCCCAAAUUAUGCCAAAAGAUUUGUUCUCUGUGAAGUUGGAAAGAUACAAGAUUGCCAUAGGAAACUUUGAUUGGGAUUCGUUUGAGUGUGAAGCUUCAAAAGCAUUGCAACUUAAAUUAAAUACUGGCAUUCAUUUAGAUGAAGGGAUUAAAAUGUUGGUAGAGAAAACUGAGGAGUUAGGUAUAGAGGAAUUCAAAGGGGCGGAGAAUGUGCUUUAUGGGUUAGAUAGCGAAGGUUUUCCACAUUUGAAGCAUCUCAGUGUCGUUAAUUCCUCAGAGAUGAAAUGUAUUAUUAAGUCCAUGGGGUCGGCUCCGCAUAAAGCAUUUCCUGUUUUAGAGUCAUUGAAGCUUAGCAGUCUAACUGUUUUGGAGAAGAUUUGCGAUGGUCAACUCAAAACAGCAUCAUUUAGCCGACUAAGAACCAUACAAGUUAGAUGGUGUGAUAGAUUGAAGAAUCUUUUCUCAGUCUCCAUAGCAAAAAAUCUCUACCAACUUCAACAAAUUAGCGUUAAGUGGUGCGAGAACAUUAAAGAGAUAGUUGUAAAGGAGGAAGGAAAGGAAGACAAUGUUGUAGAGUUUCGACAGUUGCGCUCUUUGGAACUCGAAGAUUUGCCAGAAUUGAAAAGCUCUUAUUCCAUGGAGGAAACGCCUUCCUUAAGAGGACAAGGAGGAAGUGUAUCGACCACAAAUAUGGUUCCACUUUUCAACCGAAAGGUUAUUUUCCCUGUCAUAAAGGAGUUGGUAUUAAGAUCAAUGAAUAGCAUUGGAAAACUAUGGGAUGAUCAGCUUCUCACUGAUGUAAUGUUUUUUGGUUUUCAAAUGUUAACAAUUCUGAGUGUUUACAGCUGUCAUAAAUUGAAGUAUGUAUUUACUUCCUCAAUGGUUAAAAGCUUUGUGCAAUUGAAAACACUUGAUGUUGGAAAUUGUGAGGAAAUGGAAAAGGUAAUAGCAGUCAGUGCAGAAAAAGAAAGAAAUAACAUAAUGGUGUUCCCUAAACUUGACUCCUUGCAUCUCUACGAUCUUCCCAAUCUCAAAAGAUUUUGUUGUGGAAUUAAUCCAAUUGAAUUUCCUGUUCUAAGAAGACUAGAGAUAGAAAAGUGUCCGGUUUUGAGCACAUUCCACUGUGAUUCUAGUACAAAUGAUGGAAAGAGUAACAAUAGCAUCUCAAUGGGUCACAAUCUCCGAAUUGAUGUACCACACUGUCUAUUCAACGAUAAGGUUGUGUUCCCUGUCAUUAAGGAGUUAGUAUUAGAAUCAAUGAGUAGUAUUGAAAAACUAUGGGAUGAUCAGCUUCCAGUUGCCGAAAUGUCUUUUGGUUUUCAAAAUUUUACAGUUUUGGAAGUGCUGAGGUGUCACAAAUUGAAGUAUGUGUGUACUUCCUCAAUAGUUAAAAGCUUUGUGCAACUGAAAACACUUUAUGUUGGAAACUGUGAGGAAAUGGAAGAGGUGAUAGCAAUCAGUGCAGAAGAAGAAAGAAAUAACAUAAUGGUGUUUCCUAAACUUGACAUAUUGUUUCUUUUUAAUCUUCCCAAUCUCAAAAGAUUUUGCUGUGGAAUUAAUUCAAUUGAAUUCCCUUUUCUAAGGAACUUUUCAAUAAGUAGGUGUCCUAUUUUGAGCACAUUGCAUUGUGAUUCUAGUACAGGUGUUGGCAAUGAAGCAAGAAAGAGUAGCAGCAGUAGCAGCAGCAUUUCAAUACCAAAAUAUCUAUUUGAUGAAAAGGUAUUUUUAUUCUUCUCUUUUUAA